UGCGGAGCCUCAAGGGAUGCCGGGAUAAAAACUUACAGGUGGCGCGUGAACAACUUUCGCGAGGACCUGGAGGGGGCUUAGAGGAGCGAAACAGGGAGUCCAACCGCAAGCAUGACCGACGCCGAGGCGCAGAGCCCCCCACCAACGAUACCGGCGGAGGAGAAGCAACCCGAGAGGAAAAUUAUCGCCACAGCUGUUCAAGGGACAGUGAAAUGGUUUAAUGUGCGGAAUGGUUAUGGCUUCAUAAACAGGAAUGACACCAAAGAAGAUGUAUUUGUUCAUCAGACGGCUAUCAAGAAGAACAAUCCCAGGAAGUUCCUCCGUAGCGUUGGAGAUGGAGAAGUUGUGGAAUUUGACGUGAUGGAGGCAGCCAAGGGCUCGGAAGCAGCCAAUGUGACGGGUCCGGGUGGCGUUCCAGUAAAAGGUAGUCGCUACGCCCCGAACAAACGGCGCUUUCGAAGACGGUUCUUCCCCCGGGGACCUCGGCCCGGUGAUCAGAACAAGCCGGCUGAUGGAGAAGAUGCUGACGGGCAUCCUGUUGCCGACGGAGACGGGUCAGAGGAGGCUGGCUCUCUGAAGCCUCAGCAGCAACGCCGGCGCAGACGCGAAGACCACCUCUUAGUGAGCAGAACGGUCAAGUUGGAGAGCAGAGAGAGGGAGUUGAAGAAGGUGAUCAAACUCAACCACCUCAGAGGCGGAGAUUCUGGCGUCCAUACCGCAGACCAUUCCGCCCUCGCCAGCCUCCUAAUCAACCUGCAGAGGACCUGAAGGCGCCUGCUCCAGAGGACCAAAGACCAGCAGCAGCAGCAGCAGCAGCAGCAGGAGGAUGAGGUGAAGCCGAUGGAGACUCCUGAAGGCCCCCAGACCAACGGGGAGGCGACAGACGAUCAAGGCCAGAAACGGCGCCGACCAUCUAGACGACGCAGGCAAAGGAAUUCUGAGUCUUCAACCUCAAAAAAUGAUACAGAGAAGUCUGCGUCAGAGCCCGGAACCCACCUCCAACCUUAAAACAGACAGAGCAGACGCCUUCGUCCACAUCCCCAUCUCCAGAAACCCCCCCUGAAGCCCCGCAGCCUCCUGAGCCAGCGGCCCCAACAGUCUCACGCCAGCAGAGUGACGUCCAGUCACAUGACCCCGGGCAAGAGGUCCUUGGGUUGGAGGACUGAACCAUUUCAGAGCAGUUUGCACUCUUCUCCCCUCCUGCACUCCCCAUCCUCCAACCCACCUCCCUGGUUUUUCUCCCCCUCUUGCCUCGUGUCUCGUAUGUUUUUAUACAGAUAUGCCAGGGUGGGGAAGGAAGCAGGCAGUGCUGGUGGGUGCAUGUUUAGAAGUUUAAAUGCAUCUUCAAAAAGAAACGGGGUCCUAAAAAGUAAUUCCGAGCCCUGUUGAAAGAUCUUUUCUUUAAUUUAACGGAUGUGGUGCAUAAAGUAGUUUAAAUCAACCUGCCUAGCAUUUUAUUUCGCUGUUUUAAUUUAAAAAAAUAAAAAGAGAAACCAGCAGGUGUGCAUUUGAUGCAUAAUGGGAGUCAGUUUAGUUCUGUUACCUCCUGAAAUUGUUGAAAUGGUCUGUUCUCAUCUCUGGGUAGAUGACAGCUUUAUUUCCCAUCUUUUGCGUGUUUUUCUUUGAGGGGGAUUAUGUGCAAUGUCGGUACAUAAAUGCUAAUUAAUAAAUCAUGUUUGCAAGUCUCA